UCCGGACAAACCAUUCUGACCAGAAGAUCUCUCAGGACCCGGUUUUUUCCCCGACGCAGACAAGCUAGACAUGGCCUAAGCAAUGGAGUAAAAAUGGCGUCGCUCCCUCUGGUCUGGUGGGUCAUGCGCGAGAGCGAGGCAAGACGCGGAGGAAAUUUUCUUGACAGUGGAAAAAACACGCCUUGACCCUCGUCUCCUGUGGAUCACCACUCGCCUGUUACCUGAAACUUGACGGACCCAUCUCUCUCUCUCUCGUUCAUUUAUGUCUUUUCAUUGAAAUUGAAGCAAACCCUUUUCCUGAAUCCUUCCCUACGCUCCUCCCUCCCGGAUUCUUUGAGAACCCCAAGUGCGUCUUUGACUGCUUCUUCGCUCAAAUCACUUCCGCCGUACAGAAAUGGGGAUAUAUCUGAGCACUCCAAAAACUGAUAAGUUCUCAGAAGAUGGUGAGAAUGAUCGAGUUAGAUAUGGCCUAUCAUCUAUGCAAGGUUGGCGUGCGACAAUGGAGGACGCACACGCUGCCUAUCCUGACCUGGAUGCUUCCACCUCAUUCUUUGGUGUUUAUGAUGGCCAUGGAGGGAAAGUGGUCGCAAAGUUCUGUGCCAACUAUCUUCACCGGCAGGUCCUCAAGAAUGAGGCGUAUGCAGCCGGAGAAAUAGGAACGUCCGUUCAGAAAGCUUUUUUCCGAAUGGAUGAAAUGAUGCGAGGUCAAAGGGGUUGGAGAGAAUUAGCUGCUUUGGGAGAUAAAAUGAACAGAUUUACAGGUAUGAUAGAGGGACUUAUAUGGUCUCCAAGGGGUGCAGAUAGCAAUGACAAGAAUGAUGAUUGGGCUUUUGAGGAGGGCCCUCAUUCUGAUUUUGCUGGACCUACUGCGGGGAGCACAGCCUGCGUUGCCAUUAUCCGAAAUAACAAACUAGUUGUUGCCAAUGCUGGUGAUUCUCGAUGUGUCCUGUCUAGAAAGGGUCAGGCAUACAAUCUGUCUCGAGACCACAAACCUGAUUUGGAGGCUGAAAAGGAGAGGAUUCUAAAAGCUGGAGGUUUUAUCCGUGCUGGACGAGUGAAUGGAAGCUUAAAUCUUGCAAGAGCUAUAGGUGACGUGGAAUUUAAGCAAAAUAAAUUUCUGCCAGCUGAAAAGCAAAUUGUAACUGCAAAUCCAGAUAUAAAUACUGUUGACCUUUGUGAGGAUGAUGAUUUUAUCGUGCUAGCAUGUGAUGGCAUCUGGGAUUGCAUGUCCAGCCAGCAGCUAGUGGAUUUCGUGCAUGAACAGUUAGUCUCUGAAACAAAGCUCUCUGCUGUGUGCGAGAGAGUUCUUGAUGGUUGUUUAGCAUCAUCUACUGCCAAUGGUGAGGGAUGUGACAACAUGACUAUGGUAUUAGUGCAGUUCAAGAAACCAUCCCAAACAAUUACGGAACUGAUUGAAGAGCUAUCUUUGUCCGAGUCUGUCGAUGGUGCCCUGAAUCCGGGGGAUAACCAGCCAAAACCAGAGGAAGUCGAAUCGAAAUAGUACUCACGUUCGACCAUUUACCAAAGCCUCUCAUUGCUGAGUGCUAAGGGAAGGAAGCAAGCACCAGUGAUGGCAAAACUAUCGAAAGAGUCGGAUUGUGGACCGUGGAUGUCUUUUGGCCGUCGUGCUGUUCGAGAAUGGACUCAUCCGAAGGACCGGAGAGCAGCAAGCGAUAAGGGGGAGCACAUCUAAAUCAGUCUAUGUCACUGCCGGUCGAGAUGGCUAUGGGGCGUAAUCUUGGGUAGGUUUAAUCUGUUCUAUAGUAGAUCAUAACACAGGAAAACCACUCAGUCAAUGGUGCUUGAAAGUAACUUGGGUCUCCAUUUACAGGAUUCUGAUGAAAUCGGACAAAAUCACCUUGUGUUCUUAAAAAGAAAGGG